AAUAAAACUUUUGAUAAAACUAAAAGAUUCAGUCAAUCAUCGGAUUUAUAAGUUUUGUUUUGCCAUAAUUUUAUUUAAGUUCUUGGGACCUAUAAACCAAAAUUUUUGUCCCAAACAAGAAGAGAUCAAAGUUUCUUCUGAAGAAAAAGAAACACAUAGAGGCUAUGGCAUAUUCAACUAAACUUUGUCUUCCUCUUCAAACACCAUGUUUUGUUCCAAAGACAGUAAGACUAAGAUCAAAGACUUUGAUGCUUCAACAGAGUCAAAUUCAAGUUAAAGUCAAGCAAGUCACAGAUUCACAGCCUCAGCCAAUCCGAUACUCCACCAAGAACACUCUAUUUGAAGAUCCGACACAAGGGAUCAUAUGUUACACCGAUGAUAAUGGAGAGGUGAUAUGUGAAGGGUACGAUGAAGGUCCUCGUUGUCCCCCAGAGAGUCCAAUGGUAGCUUCUUACUCAAGAGAGGUGGAGAUUCUUGAUCUUCUGCAAAGAAGUUAUCUCGAUUUGAGAGAUGCAGAGAAGGGUGAUAGUCAAAGACGAGGAAUUGCUUCAAAACAUGCGAUAAUGAUGAUCAAAUGGAGCAGCUUUGACUUCCUCUAAACCUCUCUUUAUUUUAUUUUUUCUUUUCAAAAUCAAAAUCUGUUCUCUCUUCAUAAAGGCCUCUUGAAUAAGAAUGUACAGAAAAAAAAAAGGCUGUAAAAGAAGCAGCGAUUUGCUUCUUUCUUGUUUCACUUUUGUAAGAACACAAACAUGAAUAUAUGUCCCAGAUUCUGAUU